AUGGCAGGCCGCAUUGUUCAACUCCUGUUUGGCCUUACGCUACUGCUCACAACAUGUCGAGCUGCGGUCAUAGAGAAGUACUUCAACAUGACAUGGGUGAUGGCCAAUCCCGACGGUCUGCAGGAAAGAAAAGUGAUUGGCGUCAACAACACAUGGCCGCUACCUGUUCUGGAGGUCAACAAGGGCGAUCGGCUCAUCGUCCACGUCUAUAACGGUCUUGGAGACAAAUCAACAAGUAUCCACUGGCACGGCUUAUUCCAGAACUCCACGAACGAAAUGGAUGGACCAUCCAUGUACACCCAAUGCCCAAUCGUACCGGGAGCGUCUUUUACGUAUGAUUUCACCGUUGACCAAAGCGGUACUUACUGGUAUCAUUGUCAUACCGACCUUUGCUAUCCAGAUGGCUACCGUCAGAUGCUCCUUGUGCACGACAAUGAUGCCUGGUUUGCGGGUCAGUACAAGGAAGAGUUUGCAGUCACGGUCAGCGACUGGUAUCAUAACAUGGUUGAAGAUAUCACUUUUCUCGAUCUCUCCAACCCAACUGGCGCUGAGCCUAUUCCCGAUGCUUUCCUAUUUAACAACUCCGUUAUGGACACGAGGCUCUCAGUUGAGCCUAACACUACCUACUUGUUGAGGAUUGUCAAUACCGGUGCAUUCGUUGCUCAGUACUUCUACAUUGAGGAUCACAACUUCACUAUUGUUGAGGUCGAUGGUGUGUUUACUGAGCCUGAGGAGGCUUCAUUAUUAUACGUUGCAGUCGCUCAACGCUACUCUGUUCUGUUCACCACGAAAGCCUCUACUGCUCGCAAUUAUGGCCUUGUCACCAUCGCGGAUCAGGUUCUGCUGGAUGCAAUUCCGGAUGCAUUGCGCCUUAACCAGACUAAUUGGUUGGAGUACAACCCAUCAGCUGCCUUCGAUCCAGUAAACGUAACCCUCAACAUCGUGGAUGAAAACCCCGCUUUCGAUGAUUACUCUCUUGUGCCGUACGACAAGGAGCCUCUAUUCGAGAAUCCUAGCAAGGUUAUCAAUUUGACAGUCUCGAUGGGCAUUCUCGACAACGGCAAGCCAUACGCCUUCUUCAAUGACCAAACCUACACCCGUCCCAAGGUUCCCAGUCUUUACACUGCCCUCACAGCUGGUGAACAAGCUGUCAACGAGGCUAUUUAUGGCGACUACACUAACACUUUCGUUCUUAAUCACCUUGACGUUGUCGAAGUGGUGCUUACCAACAACGACGGAGGCAGCCAUCCAUUCCAUUACCAUGGACAUACCUUCCAACUCGUCAGCCGCUCUCCAUCAUAUGGCGAGGACUUCUACUCGCUGAAGGACAAUGUCAACCCUCAAGCUUACGACCCCAACAAUCACACCGCGUUCCCCGAGUAUCCCAUGCGCCGAGAUGUUGUAGUUUUGCCGCCGAUGGGAAACCUUGUCAUUCGCUUUGUUGCGAACAAUCCUGGAGUGUGGGCUUUCCACUGUGCGNNUCACAUCGACUGGCACAUGCAGCAAGGUUUGGCUGCUACUUUCGUCGAGGCACCUCUCGAGAUGCAGAAAACGCUCAGUGUACCAGACGACCACUUUGCCGCCUGUAAAGCCGCUGGCGUGCCCUUUGCGGGAAAUGCAGCCGCCAACACGAAAGAUGUCUUGGACCUGAGCGGCCAGAACACACCGGCCCGUCCGGUUCCUGCAGGCUUUACGGCUAGGGGCAUUGUGGCUCUGGUUUUCAGUUGCAUUGCAGCAUUCGUAGGUCUGGCAGCAAUCACUUGGUAA